AUGUCAGCUACUACUACUGCAACUGCAGCUGCACCUACAACUACAAUGUCAACGGCCUCAGUCAAAUUGCCUUCUAUUCAUGAAUUAACAGGCAAAUCUACAAGGGAGUUUAAUAAUAAACACCUUCAGGGUAAUGCACUUGCUUCUCCUAGAUCCUUCGCAAAUGUUAAUGGACAACCACCAGUUUUGCCUAGUCUUCGUUUAAACACCGAUUUCAAUGAACCAGUGGCACUCAAAAUACCACCAAUCAAACCAAUGACACCAUCUAGUGUUGCGCUCAACAAUUCAAACAGUAGUACGCCGACAGCACCAGUUCAGAGUAACAACUCCUUUACAAAGACAGUUUCGCUUGGCUCACCAGCUAUCAAUUACCAAGAAAAGCAGCAAAUCUUGUUAUCAAAACAUGAACCUGCUGUAGCUCAAGCUCCUAUUGUAUCUGCUACCACAGCUCCCCAGUCGGUUUCCGCUACUUCCACUGUUUCUUCACCCACCUACCAUUUUCAACCAAGCCACCAACCACAACUUUCACAACAACUGCAAUCAGCACCGGUUCCACCUUCAUUUCAAUCACCAAUAGAGUACAAUGUCGCACAGGGUUCCCCACAAUACCACCAACCUUUAAGAUCUUUCUCAGCACCAGUUCCUCAAUACCUUCCGCCUCAUGUUUCGUAUUACUCAAAACCUCAUUUCGCAGUUCAACAUCCCAACAAUCAUGGUUUGCAAAUGGGUCACCCUUACACAAUUACUGAAGUUGUACCUAAAACAACAAACAAAUGUCAUAGAUGUGGUACCACAGAAACACCGGAAUGGAGAAGGGGACCAAAGGGUGUAAGAACAUUGUGCAAUGCGUGUGGGUUAUUCCAUGCCAAGUUGGUUAAAAGAAAAGGUGCUGCUGUUGCUGCUGAAGAGGUGUUGAACAAUCGUGUAACCAAAGGCAAAAACGGAAGAAGAAUUAGUUUUAGAAAACUGGUGGGUAAGAUGUCUACUAUGCAUCAUCACAGAAGCGAGAGCGUUCACGAAUUGCAAGGUUUGCAACAGCAUCUACAACAUUAUCCUGCUCAAUUUGCAGUUCUUCAUCACCCACACAGUAACUCAGCAACCAGUCCAUUACAACAAGCGCCACUACAUGCCAACAGUUCGCAAGCUUAUCAAAUUCAUCAUCAGCAAAUACAACAACCCCCAUCGAAUGCAAACUAUAUUCCCCAGGGUUACAUGCCAUUGCCACCACCGGCAGUACCGGUGAAUCCAACCAUGCACUUCCAAAGUCAAGCCCGGGCAAUGCCUUUGGUUCAUCAGUAA